GUAAGAGCAAGGCUGAGCUACAAUGCAGCUUUAGCAGAAGCAUCGGGGUUACCAGAAGAUAUUGGAAGCAUGCAACAUUUAGCAAGUACCAUCGCAAACUUCAUCCAGGUCCAGAACAAUCUCGAAGAAGCAAGAUCGGAAGUAGCACGGAUGCAAAACGAGUUGGAACUUUCCAACACCUACAUUGUUCGGCUGAUAAGUGACCAAGCGGUUGCUGCCCACGUUGUUGAGCUUUACAGCGCGGCUGAACAAAUCAGACGUGAGGGAGAUGCUCGGGUAUGUGAUAGUCUAUGCUAAAAUAUUCUUAGUGUUCUAACAGCAGUAGUGGAACGCAACGAUAGCACUGUGGAG